AUGUCAUGGAACGAGUAUAUCGACAAUCUUAUUGCUCAGUCGAAAGGUAGCUCGGGUAAAGCCAACAUCGACAAAGCUUGCAUCAUUGGCUUGGAGAACGGAAAUAUGUGGACAACGCAAGAAAACCCUCACGUUUUAAUGUUAACACCAGGAGAAGGAAUGAUUAUCGCUGAAUGCUUCAGGAAAAAGGAUUUUACCGCGUUUUCAACAGAUAUCCAUGUAGAAAAUGAGGGCUAUAUUUUCUUACGCGAUAUUGACAACAAAAUGGUUCUGGCAAGGAGAUGCAAUGCCGGGAUCACGAUGCAGGCUUCUAAAAGUGCAGUUGUUAUAGCUCGCACACGCGAAGGUGGCCAACAAGGGAUCACUAACAUAGCCGUUGCAAAGAUUGCUUAUUACCUUGAAAGUGUGAAUAUGUAAUUGCAAUAGAACUAGAGGGCCUUCAAAAACGCUACAACACCGAUAUUGAACAUGAACUAGCGAGAGUUCCGGUUAAGACAGAUUAUAGCGUGACUUUGAUUUUACUUCAUCACGCAAUAAGGAUGAUAAAAGGAAACUUAACAUAAAAAGGAUCAAUAGGACCUGAAAGCGCAAUAAAAUCAAUGUUUUCAUAAGCUUUUCAAAAAAAUUUUUGUGGAAUGUUGCUGUUUUCAUGUUUGUUCAUUCUUUUUUUUUUUUUCAGUACAGUAUUUCCUGUAAUCUAGUACGCGGGCGUUCUUUGUGUCGUAACGCAACGUUCCUCCCCAAGUUUUACUCGACGACACAAAGGAGCUUGAUCCGAUUCAGGGUCAUUCAGGUUUUGUGGAAGCAUGUGUGCAUCAUUUUGCGAGGGUCAGAGAGUCCUAAAGGCGAGAUACUUGUCCCUUGUCCCAACCCAAGUGUGGCCCCAAAACAAGUGUCCAAGGGUCUCCAAGAAGCUAAGACAUUGAAGAGGUACAAAGCGUUAGCUCCUUCUGCUUCACACCUAAAAGUGAUGGGAGGAGGAGGGAUGAUUGGGAGAUGAAGGAAGUUGUCUUUUUUGCACUCCUAGUUUUUAUCCCAACUUCCCCUAAUAGUUUUCUAAAGGCUCAGUCCUAAUCUAGUAAAAAAACUCACCGAUUUAUGUCGUGUAUUUCCAGGACAUUUCAUGCAAGCUUACAUGGCAGAGUGUCAACAGUAUAUUUUAUUUCCCACAGGUCUUAGCGACACAUUUCCAUGGUGAUUCGCCAUUUUGACCAUUUGUGGUGCAUGUGAAAAAGAAAGUUGUGUAUUAUUUUAAGUUCUACGCCUACAUUUUCACAGAUAUGGUAAGUCUUUUUGUUUUCAAAAGUGAAAAAUAUUUUUUGUUACCUAAAUAACGUUUAUAUUUCGUUUUUUGUAGUCCAAGGGAACAACAAUCAAGGACGCGUUAGCGAGCUGGGUGAGUACAAAGUUCUCAUUUAACGCUAAACUUUAUUUUUUAAAUUCUUGAAGCUUCAUAGAGAGUUGGUGACGUGUUCAAAGUAAUAUACUGCUCCUUUUUUUAAUAUAAAGUAUAAUUAUGACACUCUAUUUAUCAUGCUUCGCAUGAACCAUGUGUCCAGACCUCAAAAGUAAAUUCAGUGUUCGUUUUAAUUUUGAGCUUACCCAUUGCCUUUUUUUCUAAUGUGUCACAGGAAAAGAAAAAUGAGCAAAAAGCCUCAGAAUCAACAGAAAUCAAGUUGUAUGCACAGUAUCCUCCAAUAGAAAAGAUGGAUGCCUCCUUGUCUACUCUUUCUUGCUGCGAGUAAGUACUGUUCAGCACAGGCAUCCCAAACUCACAAAGAGAAGUAAAGAAAUACAGUUACUUGUGCUGUAUUUUGUAUCCUAGUGUAUUUCUGAGGCAGUUUUGGCUGGUUUUGCGAUAUUGUCUUAACCUUCAUUAAAAGGACUAAAAGCUACACACUUCAGUGGCUCGAAGGCCCAGACUGAGGGGGANUUUUUUUUUUUCAGUACAGUAUUUCCUGUAAUCUAGUACGCGGGCGUUCUUUGUGUCGUAACGCAACGUUCCUCCCCAAGUUUUACUCGACGACACAAAGGAGCUUGAUCCGAUUCAGGGUCAUUCAGGUUUUGUGGAAGCAUGUGUGCAUCAUUUUGCGAGGGUCAGAGAGUCCUAAAGGCGAGAUACUUGUCCCUUGUCCCAACCCAAGUGUGGCCCCAAAACAAGUGUCCAAGGGUCUCCAAGAAGCUAAGACAUUGAAGAGGUACAAAGCGUUAGCUCCUUCUGCUUCACACCUAAAAGUGAUGGGAGGAGGAGGGAUGAUUGGGAGAUGAAGGAAGUUGUCUUUUUUGCACUCCUAGUUUUUAUCCCAACUUCCCCUAAUAGUUUUCUAAAGGCUCAGUCCUAAUCUAGUAAAAAAACUCACCGAUUUAUGUCGUGUAUUUCCAGGACAUUUCAUGCAAGCUUACAUGGCAGAGUGUCAACAGUAUAUUUUAUUUCCCACAGGUCUUAGCGACACAUUUCCAUGGUGAUUCGCCAUUUUGACCAUUUGUGGUGCAUGUGAAAAAGAAAGUUGUGUAUUAUUUUAAGUUCUACGCCUACAUUUUCACAGAUAUGGUAAGUCUUUUUGUUUUCAAAAGUGAAAAAUAUUUUUUGUUACCUAAAUAACGUUUAUAUUUCGUUUUUUGUAGUCCAAGGGAACAACAAUCAAGGACGCGUUAGCGAGCUGGGUGAGUACAAAGUUCUCAUUUAACGCUAAACUUUAUUUUUUAAAUUCUUGAAGCUUCAUAGAGAGUUGGUGACGUGUUCAAAGUAAUAUACUGCUCCUUUUUUUAAUAUAAAGUAUAAUUAUGACACUCUAUUUAUCAUGCUUCGCAUGAACCAUGUGUCCAGACCUCAAAAGUAAAUUCAGUGUUCGUUUUAAUUUUGAGCUUACCCAUUGCCUUUUUUUCUAAUGUGUCACAGGAAAAGAAAAAUGAGCAAAAAGCCUCAGAAUCAACAGAAAUCAAGUUGUAUGCACAGUAUCCUCCAAUAGAAAAGAUGGAUGCCUCCUUGUCUACUCUUUCUUGCUGCGAGUAAGUACUGUUCAGCACAGGCAUCCCAAACUCACAAAGAGAAGUAAAGAAAUACAGUUACUUGUGCUGUAUUUUGUAUCCUAGUGUAUUUCUGAGGCAGUUUUGGCUGGUUUUGCGAUAUUGUCUUAACCUUCAUUAAAAGGACUAAAAGCUACACACUUCAGUGGCUCGAAGGCCCAGACUGAGGGGGAUUUUUAUCGCAAAAAUCAGCCUGAUCAGCCUUUUGACUGUUAUAACAUGAAGCUUGAUAACAUACACAUCUAUUGUGAGUGUUUUUUGAGAGGAUUGUUGCCAGUUUUCAGGGCCCCUGUUGCUUGUCGCUUUUUUCCCUUGGAAGUUCUCAGUCAUUGAGCAAUGAGUUGAGAAUCAAGACUUGCACAACAAAAAAAGAUAGAUGUAAACUUACCUGAUGUUUUAAUAGAGGUCAUAUUUCUCACUCAAAUAUUUACUGCUAACAAAUUCAUUGGCUUGUUUUUUAUUAUAUACUAAUCAUUUGGAACUGUUGAUUUUGCAGAAAACUGUCUUUGUCAACAAACUGCAUUGAGAAAAUUGCCAACCUCAAUGGUUUAAGUAAGUUUCCACUCUUUGAUGAAUCUGCAUGUAUAUUGUAGCUCGUGGGAAUUACCUCAUAUCUUGCAAGCUACAGCUGUACACGUACAUGAACAUGCAUGUUCUAGCAUAUUUCUUGAAUGUCUAUGUAAUGAGAAGCAAAUUGUUUGUUCCCAUUGAUCUUGUACAGUAGUGGCAUUUGAGGUUUCUUUCAUUAACCUGCAAAGAAAAUAGAAUUUUUCUCUAUACUGGGCAAAAUUGUUUGCCUUCGCCACUCAGGCAUAAACUAUAUAUGGCAUUACUUUGUGACAGUUCUGCAAGGCCUAUGUAAACCCUGGUGAUUUAGUGAUCUGUUUGCAAAUAUCUGUUCUCUAACAGGAGUGUUUAUCUUUUUCAGGAAAUAUCAAAAUCUUGUCACUGGGAAGAAAUAACAUAAAAAACCUCAAUGGUUUG